UAAUAUCUGUUCAUGUCCUGCGUAUUCUGGCACCGUCCAGCACUUACUAAAAGUAUUAUCAUUUGGACGAGUCUUAAUAAUCAUGACGGAUAAUGCUAUUGUCGACCGCGACAAUAAGCUCGCAGCUCUCAACUCUGCUACCCUAGGCGCCGAGAUGCCUCAAAUAACACUCCCGGAUGGAAGUAAAGUACAAACCGGGACUAUGGGUGCUCUGCUCAUAAACAUACGCGCUUACAACGAAGCGCAUAAAGCUGAGGACAAAGACAAGAAGGCGCAGCUGGAGGAGUCGAUGCGCGCGACGCUGCCGCUUCUAGAUAAAGUUGGCAUGUUCGAUCUCUUCCCGGCGGAGGAGUGGAUAUCAGGGGACAACGAGGGUCGGAAGGUCGUGGGCCAAAUGUAUCAAGAAUUCAAGUCACGGCAGUAGGGUGCACGAGAUGCUAUUAAUGUAGCUGUGGGAAGAAGAUCGGACGAGGUAUAGAUAUCAUCAACGGGAAACUCCCAACUCCAC